AGAGGGUGGUGGCUGAUAGCUGCCCUAGUCCAUUUGGUCGCUGGUGCACCGGGAUGCGAGGAAGUGCAGCGAGCCGUCGGCUACCCUUGCUCCUGCAGGACCAACUCCGAGGGAGAGAUCUACCUCGACUGCGACAGGGUCAUCCUCGGUGCAGACUUCCCGACGCUGCCUGUCGGAGCGCCCAUCGCAUCCUUCUCGCAGCGGUCAUCGGGAAUCCAGCAUGUUCCAACUCAGGCCUUCGUCCAAGCAGGAAUCCCUCUGCGACGACUGGACCUGACGGACAAUACCAUCCGCAGGCUGAGAGAGCGAGUCUUCAGCGGCGGCCUGGAGCAGACCCUGGAAGAGGUGCGGCUGGCGGGCAACCUCCUCGGGGAUUCCCUCAAUCCCAUCUUCAGCACCUCCCAGUUCCACGGGCUCGCGGGCCUCAGGCUCCUAGACAUAAGGCACAAUUCUAUCAAGGCUUUGGAAGAAGGACUUCUCAAAGGAUGUGACUCGCUUACCGAGCUUUGGUUGGAUGGAAACAGCCUCACGGAAGUUCCUUCAUCAUCUCUAAAUGGCCCUAGAUCUCUCAAACUGUUAUCACUAAGGGAUAACAGAAUAAGCAAUCUGCGAGACAGGAGUUUAAUCAACCAACCCGACUUGGAGAGACUUGACCUAAGUAACAACAGGCUGGCCUCCAUCGAGGAAGGGGCCUUCUUUUCUCUGUCUUCCUUGAAGAGGUUAGACCUUGCAAGGAAUAGACUGGCCAGAUUUAACUCUGAAGUCUUCUCAGGUGCUGAAAAUGUUCAAGAACUUGAUAUAUCUGAGAAUUUCCUGACAGAGUUUCCAGCAGUGGCAUUAAGGCAGUUUACAUCGCUUAAGUAUCUGAAUCUGUCAGCUAAUUUGAUAGAGAAACUGACGAAUACAUUACUCUCACCCGUAAAAGAUUUAGAGCUAUUGGAUCUUAGUAGAAACAACAUUGGAAACAUAGCCCCAGGAACAUUUCUAGGUUUGAGACAGCUAAAACACUUAGACUUAAGCGUUAAUACACUACGCACUGUUGAAGAUGAUGCCUUUGAGGGUUUGGAUAGCCUGGAAAGACUCUCUUUGGAAGAUAACAAUAUCCUCCUGGUCCCUGCUUCAGCUUUGGGCAGACUACCCAGACUUGCACGCCUUCAGCUUGGCUGGAACAGGGUUGCUGCCUUGGACCAUGAUAUACUUGGAGCAGUUGCAGACCGAGUCCAUACUCUUAGCUUGGCAAGGAAUGUUGUUAGAGAGCUGCCUCCAGAUGCUUUCCAGGGUUUCAACAAACUGAAACAUCUUGAUCUGUCUGGAAACCUACUUCUCAGCAUUGAAACUUCUUCAUUUACAGGCCUAGAAGAAAAUCUCGAGUCUCUUAGCCUACGAGGAAACAGACUUUCAGCAUUUUCAACUAAACCACUCCCUCUUCCAAAACUUGUUACCCUAGAUGUUUCUCAUAACCAUAUCACAGAGGUAGCUCGAACAGCUUUCCUUAUGAUGACAUCUCUCUUAGCUCUAAAUGUAAGCCAAAACUCUCUCACCACUAUUCCUUCCAGUACUUUUCACUCCCUUGGGAAGCUUGAAGUACUUGACCUUAGCUAUAACAACAUUAAAGUUCUCAGUCCAGAAUUACUCAUGAAAUUGCCAGCUCUGAGAUGGGCUUCAUUCUCGCACAAUGUCUUACAAGAACUCACUGAAUCAGCUUUUCAAAAUCUCAGAAAUCUUACAGUUCUAGAUCUGUCCCGCAACCAUAUAACAAAUAUUCGCCCAGGUUGUUUUUCAGCAUUACUAUCUCUGAAAAGACUUGAUUUGAGUGGCAAUAAGUUGUCUUCCUUCAAAGGCGAGUUCUUCGUCACUAGAAGAAGCAAUGGAACACAACUAGAGGAACUUGACCUCUCUGAUAAUGAUCUUAGUUAUUUAUUUCCCUCUUCAUUUAGAGUACAUCCGAGACUUCAGAAACUUUCUGCAGCGAGAAACCGGUUCAGCUUUUUUCCUGCUGAACUAAUAGUAGGCUUGAACUACUUACAAGAUAUUGAUCUAGGAGAAAAUUUACUGAAAAGCUUGGAAGACUUUGACUUUGGACGCUUACCACGACUUAAUUUAUUGAAGCUGAAUAAAAACCAACUAGAUUCAAUUAGUGAAACAGCAUUUCAUAACUCAACUCAAUUACAAAUUAUUGAUUUGUCUGAAAAUAAGUUAGAGCGGUUGGGUGAGAGGACAUUUCAAGGUUUAGGGAGACUCAAGCUACUUGAUUUGAGUGACAAUUUGUUGACUGAGUUGCCAGAAUCUAUAUUUGAAAGAUCACGUCUUCGUAUGUUGGAAAACAUUGACCUUUCUAAAAAUCUGUUUGAAAUACCACCCUUAAAAGCUUUACAGAGACAAUACUUCUUCUUAGCUUCUGUGGAUUUAUCAAAUAAUAAACUCACAGAUAUUCCUCCUGAUUAUAGCAUUAUGGUAAAUAUUAAAAAAUUAGAUCUCUCAUUUAACCCAUUAACACCAGAAUCUAUUGUAAGUAUAUUAGGAGAGCCAAAAACUGUCAGAGAAUUAAAUUUAGCUGGUACUGGAAUCACUCAUAUAACACGAUUGGAAAGUCCAUUUCUCUACCAUCUUAACCUAUCCCACAACCAAAUUUCUGAUAUUCCUGAAAAAGUUUUUGAAAGACCAACACUCUUGAAAGUAAUAGAUUUGUCAUUUAAUAAAAUUGGCGACAUCAGUGGAACCCUUUCUCAAGUAUGGUCAAAGCUGAAAAAUCUUCAUACUGUCGAUUUGUCCUCAAAUCCAAUCAAAAGUAUUGUACAGGGGGAUCUUGAUGGUCUAGAAUCUCUCAUAAGGUUGAAUAUAUCAGGUUUAGAAGAAUGCUCCCGAAUUGAGAAAAUGGCUUUUAAAUCUCUGGUGAACUUGGCAGAGCUUGAAGCUUAUGGAUAUCCAAGAUUGGGAUAUCUUGAUAUAACUGGACUUCUCCACAGCCUUCCUUCAUUGGAACUUCUUGAUGUAGAAGUAAAAGAUUCGGCUGUAGGAGGAGAACAGUUAUCAGCUGCAAUGAAUCCACGUUUAGCUACACUUGGCAUCCGUGGUUCUAGGGUUCACAGUGUCAGUUCAAGUACAUUGGCUGGUUUGAAGGUUCCAAACAUUAAUGUCUUCAUAAAGGGAACUUCAUUAACAUCUUUGCCUCCUGCUUUGCUUAUACCGUUACCCAGGUCAUCCAAGGUCAGACUUGAUGUUGGAGGAAACCAACUAACCACAAUUAGCCGACAAUUUUUAUCUGCUUUAGAUGAUCGUAGGGGAGAUCUUGUGCUUUUAGGUUUAGCUGAUAAUCCAAUUGUUUGUGAUUGUAAUGCCAGAGCCCUCCGGAGAUCAGGAUUAGUAACAGGUGUAGUCUGUUCAAAACCUGCUCAUUUAGAUGGAAGGCUUCUAGCAGAAAUUGGAGACGAUGACUUGACAUGUGAUCGUACUUCAACAACAACUGAAGCUCCAACAACACCCACUAGGAUGAGUCAUAUUACCCAUGGGCCAACUGAACCUGACAUUAUUUGGUCUGUACCAACAACUCAUCGUCUUCCUGCAAAGACAAUGACACCUACUGUCACAAAUGAUGAUACACUCAUCAUUAGUAUUGUAGGAAGUGUAGUAGCUUUUAUUGCUGUCCUUAUAAUUAUAACAUGCUUAGCUAGAGUGCGGUGGGGUGGUGAAAGAUACCGUGGGCCAGUUCCUCACUGUAACAGUCCAGCAUGCCCGUGUCCAAAAGUUAUUUUACCCAUGCCUUACGCUACCCUUCCAGGUAAAAGGUUAGCUUCAGUGUCACCUCCGCUAAGAGCAUCUUAUUCUACUCUUGGAAGGUAUCCUCCUCCUUCUCAACCAUUCUAUAUUGCUUACCCUCCGGGAGAAGAAAAGGAAAAUUCAAUGACAAUGAGGUAGUACAAAAUUCCAAGAUAACUUAAUAUAUUACUACAGUAACAAUGAGAAAAUAAAGUCAACAGUUUUUUAUUUAUAUUUGGACUAUCACUUCUUAAAUUACAAAAUAGGAAAGAAGUGUAAAAAUGUAAAUUACAUUGUAAGUUAAAAAAACUGUAGGUGACACAAAAUAUCAAAAUUCUGCAAAAUUGGAUGCAGAUAUAAAUAAGAAUAUGCUCAAACUAUGUAAAUAACUAAACAGGAUAAAAUAAUGCCUGUAUUGAGUAAUUAUUUUAUUGUUCAUUUUAAAUAUGAACAAUAAAAAUUGAAUGAAUUAUUGAUGAUUUUGAAUUUUAAAUAGUAUUAAUAUUUAAUAUUAAUUUUAUUAUGUAAUCGUGUGAAUAAGAAACAAAUACGUGUGAUAGUUAGCUAAGACAACGUUAAUGGUUAAAGCUUUACAUGUGGAACCUAAUCCUCUUAAUCAAUUGGAGAUUAGUUAAUUUUUUAUCAUAUAUUUAAUAUGUUAUUAAUAAAUAAAUAACAUGAAUGUACAUACAUAUAUAUGAUAAAAUUAUAAUUAUUUAUCAUAUAAGAUUUGUCGUACUUAUGAUCUUUAGAAAUAAUUGGUUAAUAUGAGCUUGGAAAUACAUGUUUUCAAAGAACUAUUUUAAUUUACUGUUAUAACAAAGGAGCAAAUUAUUGAUGCCAUGUUCAAAAAUUAUGCUGGGAAAUAUUAUUUUGAAAGGACAUAUCAUUCAUCGUUUUCUCAAUUAGUCAAGAUUGAUAAACAGUGAUUGGUUAAAAGAGGUUCAAAUACAAUAUCUACCAAAUAUUACAAAAACCAAAUGUAUUAAUAAAGUCUAAUGUAUGUUUUAUUAGAAUUAUUCCACAAAAUUAUGGAAAACAAACCAAUUUAUGCUCAAAACAAUAUUAGUUACAUUUUAAGAUAGUGUUCUUUUUGUUGCUGACAAUAAUAUUCUAUAAGAAGUCAAUAUACCCACAUUUCGUUAAUAAUUUUCAUAAAACCACAAAAUGAUUAUGGGGCAUCUCAUGUUAGAUAAAAUAAAUUUGGAUUAAAAAGGGUUACUUCUAAAUAUUAUUUGAGAUGGAAAGUUCAUGAUUUGAAGAAAACUAAAUUACCUUAUGAUCUGGAAUCUGCCAAGAAAUUUUUUAUUAAAAGAAAAUAUAUUAACUUUUGACAGAAUGCUAAUACAUUCUGAAUUUAUGUCUGUGUGUUUGUGUAAAGUGAAUAUUUUCAGAAGAUUAGUCCAAAAAUUCCACACAAAAAUUAAGACAUAAACUGUAUUUACUUAAAUUUUCAUAAUUGUUACAAAAUAAAUUAUUAACUUUGUGCCCUGUGAUUUAUGAAAUUAAGAUUAAAAAAUAAAUAAAUAGAAGAAUGCAGGAAUAUUGUUCAAAAUAAGUAUAGUUGUAUUUUAAGUACUGUUCAUUCUUAUUCUUUAAGCAUUUUUUAUUGUUAUGUUCAAAAAAUAUAAUUGUUUCAUCCAUAAGAACACUGAAAAGUUUUCUGUUCUUAUAAAUUAUAUGUAUAAUAAUUUUUUUAAAUUUUUUUAUAAUGAUUCGAAAUAUAAUAAAACAAAUGGUUAAAAAAAAAAAAUAGAAAUGCUAGAAUUUGUGUGCAAUAACUAGAACACACAGAACUGUAAAUAUUUUUCGCAUGGUAUUAGGUUAUAAAAUAAAAUUAGUUAUCUUUCUAUUUAUAAUUUGAAAAUAUAAAUUAUUAUUGUAAAAUGAUUUUCCAAUAAAAGAAAGUAAAAAAUCUA